UUUCGUCUUCUUUUCGGGCUCCCUUCCGGAUCGGAUUCUUUCUCGCAGCAUUCCCCUCUCUCCGGGAGAGGAGUACCCAACGACGCGAUGGCCGAGAGCAGUAGCGACAUUGAGGCGAGCAAUGGCAAUGGCUCGAGCUUGUCGCCCUCUGCGACCAGUGAGAGGAAUCUACCCAGGGCAAAUACCAUGCCUGGUGGGACGACGAAUACUGAAAAUUCAGAGACAUCCUCGGGUCAGCCAAAUUUGGGAAGGUCACAAACUGAGAGACAUAGGCAAAGUAAUUUACGAGAAGAUCCAACGGCCCAACUGUUUGAUGAUAAGAUUUCUGUUAAAAAGAAGCUGAAAAUGUUGAAUCGAAUAGCUACAGUGAGAGAUGAUGGAACUGUAGUAGUUGAGGUUCCAAGCAAUCUCGAACCUGCAUCACUUAAUCUUAGGUCUGAGGAUGUUGCUGCUGAACCGGUUGAUGAAGAAACACUUGACUCAAUGGACUUUCAGUAUAGACCACCUAUGAAUAUAGUCAUUCUUAUUGUUGGUACACGAGGAGACGUCCAGCCAUUUGUUGCUAUUGGUAAACGUCUGCAGGACUAUGGUCAUCGUGUUAGACUAGCAACUCAUGCAAACUUCAAGGAGUUUGUAUUGACUGCUGGACUGGAGUUUUAUCCCUUAGGUGGAGAUCCAAAAGUUCUUGCUGAAUACAUGGUCAAGAAUAAAGGGUUCUUACCUUCAGCACCUUCAGAGAUACCGAUUCAACGAAAACAAAUCAAGGAAAUUAUAUUUUCGUUGCUCCCAGCCUGUAAGGACCCAGAUGUUGAUACAGGCAUUCCUUUCAAAGCAGAUGCAAUAAUCGCAAAUCCACCAGCAUAUGGGCAUACACAUGUGGCAGAGGCGUUAAAGGUUCCAAUUCACAUAUUUUUCACAAUGCCAUGGACGCCAACUAGUGAAUUUCCCCAUCCUCUUUCUCGUGUCAAGCAACCAGCUGGAUAUAGACUUUCAUACCAAAUUGUUGAUUCUAUGAUCUGGCUUGGAAUACGAGACAUAAUAAAUGAUUUUAGAAAAAGAAAGUUGAAGCUGCGGCCUGUAACAUAUCUUAGUGGUGCACAGGGUUCUGCUUCCGACGUUCCUCAUGGUUAUAUCUGGAGUCCUCAUCUCGUCCCCAAACCAAAAGACUGGGGACCUAAAAUUGAUGUUGUUGGAUUUUGCUUUCUUGACCUUGCGAAAAACUAUGAACCUCCAGAAUCACUUGUGAAAUGGCUUGAAAGUGGUGAAAGGCCUAUUUACAUUGGAUUUGGCAGCCUUCCUGUCCAAGAACCAGAAAAAAUGACUAAGAUUAUUGUGGAGGCACUAGAAAUAACUGGCCAGAGAGGUAUCAUUAACAAGGGGUGGGGUGGCCUUGGGAACUUGGCAGAGCCUAAGGAAUUUGUUUAUCUACUGGAUAAUGUUCCUCAUGAUUGGCUGUUCUUGCAGUGUAAGGCAGUGGUGCAUCAUGGCGGUGCUGGAACAACAGCUGCUGGCCUAAAAGCUGCGUGUCCAACCACCAUUGUACCUUUCUUUGGUGAUCAGCCUUUCUGGGGUGAGCGGGUACAUGCUAGAGGGUUAGGUCCCUCACCUAUUCCUGUGGAUCAAUUCACACUGCAAAAGCUGGUUGAUGCAAUAAAAUUCAUGAUGGAUCGAGAGGUGAAGCUACGGGCUCUUGAACUGGCCAAGGCCAUGGAAUCAGAGGAUGGUGUGACUGGAGCAGUGAAAGCAUUUUUGAGACAUCUUCCUCAAGAAUUGCCUCCUCAAACUCCACCAACAUCAGGCACCCAUAAACUGUCAUUUUGUGCCUUCACAAAACAAAUUCUUAAACCAGUGCCUCUUGUAUCAUUUUGUGUCAUCUUGUUGUCUUAUUAUAUCCUGGGCAAUGUCAUUCCACCGCAAAAGAGAAAUUAGAGUCAGAUUAUUGAUUUCUUCAUUUUGUGCACUUCUUGUUCUUGUAAUAGCUGGAUUUGUUUAAAUUAAAAUACAAAUGGAAAAACUCAACAGUUUUUUCAGUAGUUAAAAUGUCCCUUGUCUUUCCUA